AUGCAAACCUACGUGGGUAUUGAUGGAUCACAAAUUUUAUAUGAUCCUCAAUCUGGUAAUAGCUACACACUCAUUGGUAACAACUUCAACAACAACAACGUUAAUUAUAAUGGCAACUAUAGAUACUUUCAACAGUCAAAAAAUAACAUGCCGCAAAAUUAUGACAACGGGUACUACGAACAACGCGGAGCUCAUUCACAUAUAAGCACCAGCGCGAAUAGUCAACAACGACAUACCAAUACGAUAGAUGAAUCUUCAAAACAACAACAAUAUCAACACAAAUACCAAAAACAAACGAACACGGGGCAGAAAAGUGUACAGCAGAUGGACUAUGAAGAGAACAACAUUCCGGUAGUUUCAAUAGAUAAGGAAAGAAGAGAGGAUGACUCAGCAAUAUGCACAAGUACUCCGGAUCAACGUCAACGAGAACAAAACAAUGUAAUUACAACAGAAGAUCACUCAGAUGGCUCAGCGAACAAUUUUUCAUCGCAACAUCCAUCCUCCUCAGGUCCAAAACGACCACUCAACGAUAGUGGAGAAUUCGUUAUCAAAAGCUCAAAUAAAACAAGAAAGAAAUCGCAUUAUAGAGAAGACCAGCAAACCAACACCAUCGCCAACGAAAACGGAAAACCCAAUCAUCCAAUUCCGGUGGAACAUCUUCAAAGAGCAGUUGUACACAACCUGCCAUGCUUCGUAAUAAAAUUUUCACAGGUGGAUAAUCUUCCCGGAGCAGUAGCAGUAGCAGAAGAACUAUACGAAAGUUUUAGCAACAACAAGAUUCAACUAGUGGACCAAUUCUCUGUUGUACGCUAUAGUGGUCUGCAUCUAAGAAUAGGUGUUAAAAACAAAGAGGACUAUCGUACGCUAUGUAAUGAAAAAAAUUGGCCCUCUAAAAUACUAGGAAGAACAAUCUCAGUCAAUAUACCAAAAUUUGUUCCGGAACAAUUUUCACUGGUGGUCAGGUUUGUACCGAAAGAAUUCGAUACAGAACAGAUUGCACGGGAAGUGAAACGAUCAGCAAGUACAGCCAACAACUUCCGAGAAAUUAUCUACCCGUAUACGAGAGCAACGAAAGACUUUCGGUUCUCAGUGACAGAUAUAAAAGAAUAUAAUGGUUUAUUGAAACUAGGCCAUAUAGGCAUUGCGAACAUGAUGAGAAAAAUUACUCCGUACAGACCAUCAAACAAACUUACAUAUUGCACCAAGUGCUGGAGAUUAGGACACAUCAGAAGUAAAUGUCCGGAAGCGUCACAAAAAUGUAGAAUAUGUCUGGAAGACUACAAUCAAGAGCACAACGAUGAAUGCUCCAAACAAUAUAAAUGUGCACAAUGUCAUGAAGAACAUUAUUCUUUAGAUGGCGAAUGUCCAGAAAUACAACAACACCGUCAAGAACUCAACAAGGCAGUUAAAGCAGCAGUUAGGGAAGGUACAAUUCAAAACGUUACUACUAAUCAAACAUCUAAACCCUCACAAAAUCAAUCAACAAGUAAUACAAAUCUAAACUUUACCAAUGCCAAUUUUCCACCGCUUCCAUCAGCCACUAUGUCGAAACAAAAUACAAAACCACCACCAUGGGCACAAAAGAAUACAGCGAUAACAACAAAUCAAACCAACGAUAUAACCAAUGAUCAACUCUUCGAGAAACUGCGCAACCACAUCGACCAAGCUAAUGAAAAAGCAAAUACCAAAAUUCAAAUAAUGGAAGAAAAAUUAAAACUAAGUGAUAAUGCCAUAGCAGUGCUACAUAAUCGAGUAUCCAAGAUGGUGGAAAUCCUGCAAACCAUUGUACAAGCAGUAGCACUUACAACAACAAAUAUACCAAACUCAAUAACAUCAAACGACUCAGAAGUUAACAUGGGCGAACUUGUGUUAAAAGCGAUGACUUGUUUAAGAGAAGAAAGGAACAUACUCAAUAUCGGAGGUGAUGGACAACCUCGAUCACAAGAAAAAGAUGAUACUAUGAUCAUGGAAGUACCGGUAAGACAAACGCAAACAGAUCAAUCUACAAACCCUAAUGUACAGUAA